AUGAAAAGUAUCCAAUAAGUUAACUCAUCAUCUGUUCCUAUCGGAGUUAAAGUAGCAAAUUUCUUCACUAUAAAUAGCAAAUAGAUACUCAGCUCUAAAAAGUUAAAACACUUCUUGAUGUAGAGCAUUAGUUAACACUCGAGAGAUCUUUUAAGGAAUCUAAAUUGAAUAAAGAAUUUGCACAAAAAUUGACUUAGAAAGUUGAUUAGUUAUAAUAAGAGAGGGACAAAUAUAAAAAAUAAUUUGAAGAAGGCUUAAAAAAAGUGGAAGGAAGUGGAUUUGGAAGAACUUCCUUCCACAGCAACAAAAGUGAUUUAGAUAGACAAAUCUAAACAGAAAGAGGUAAAUAGCCAGAUAGGUCAGCUCUUUAAUAAAUUUGGAAUGAAAAAGGAGAGCAAAUGUAAUAAGAAAUCGAAUGCUUGAAAAGUGAAAAUAAUUAGGUGACUUCUGACUUAAGAUAAGCUUGGUAAGAAAUAGAUUAAAAAGAACAAUUAACAAAAAAGCUAGAACUGUAAAAUAGCGUACUAGUAAAUGAAAUUAGAAAGCUUUAAAGAAAGCUUUAGCAAGAAAGAUUAAAUAACACUGAAAUAAAGGCUGUAAAAUAAAAAGAUAUAUCAUCCAGUUAAGAAUAAUUGUAUUAUAAUAUUAUUAUUCAUAGAUAUAGUGAAAUAUAAAAUUUACGGAAUUAGAUUAAUGAACUUUAAGAUGAAAUAAAUGAAUAUUAAGAAAUGAUAGACUCAUAGCAAUAAUAAAUUGAAAUUCAAAAAACGAAUAAUUCAUAACUUAGAAUUGAAAGGGAUAAUUGUGUUCAUAAUUAUGCAAGUAUUUAAUUACUAUUUUCCUUAGUUGCUAAAGCAAAAUUGGAAAUUAUAUUUGAAGAGAAAGAUGAAAUGGAAAGAUAAAAAAAAAUUGAUGAUGAAUCUUUAAAUUCACUAUAAGCUUGUGUAUCAAUCCAAAAAGAAAAUAUAGAAGUACUUGAAAAUGAAAAGAACUGUUUAAUUCAUUCGAUAGAUCAAAUGAAAUAAUUGAUCAACAAUCAAGAGAUAAGGAUAAAUGAUUUAAAGAAUGAAAACAUAAAUUUAUUAGAAAAAUUAGCAGAAAAACCUCUUUAAAUAAAUCUCAAUCUUGAGAAUGAAAUAGCCAAUCUGCAAAGUUCUUAAUAACAAGAUGAUGAUUGGUUUAAGAAAUUUAAUAAUUUAAAUGAUGAUUAUCAAAGACUCAAUGAAUCCUAUAUAAAUUUAUAAACAGAAUAUGGCAAUUAAAAAAGAAAUAUAGAAAAUUUAGAAGAUUAAAUAAAGUCAGAGCAAGUAAUAAAUAAUAAUUUAAACUAAGAAAAUGAUACCUUAAUAAACUAAAUAUAAAGUUUAGAAAACUUAAACAGAAAAUUAGAUCAGUAAAAUUUUGAAUUAGUGGAUUAAAUAAAUAUCUAUUAAACUAAGGAGGAUAAAAAUUGUAAUUUAAUACAAUAAUUAUAUGAAACACUAGACCAGUAAAAUAUCAAAAAUAUUCAUCUUAAAAAAUAAAUAAAUAGGAAUGUUGGAAAUUUAUUUUUUGUAAUAUGUAAACUCUUAAAAUCAGAAAAAAAUAAUCUGAUCUAUUAAUAAAAAUUAUAAAAAUAAUAAGCAAUCAUAAAUGAUUUGUUAAUAGCUUUACAAUAAAAGAAAUAAGAGGAUUAUAAUAUAUCAAAUAUAAAAUAACAAUAAGAAAAAUCGAAUGAUGCAAACCUAUUUGAGUCUAAUUAAUUAAAAAAUCUGAAAAUGCAAAAUUUGAAAAUUUUAGGAAAACUAUUUAGAAUAAUUAUAAAAUAAAAAUAAAAAGAUUAAUAAAUCGAAAAUUUAACAGAAAGAAUUACUAAAAUUAAAUCAAUUAAUGAAGCCCUAAUCAUUAAAGGUGAAAAUGAAUAAGAAAUAACAGAAGAGCAAGACGAUGGAGAAGGUUAAAAAAAGCUCAGAGGUCAGAAUAACAAAUUGCUGGGCAAAUUAUUCAGAGUGAUGAGUUAAUUCAACAAAAAGAAUAAGGAAAUUGAGGAGUUGAAGGAAAGAUUACAUAAAUAGAAGGCAAUUUUAGAUGAAUUAAGUAAUUCAAACAAUGCUCCAGUUUUAGAAGAAAAAGGAGAGGACGUUGGAUAAGCAGAAGAAAUAGAAAUAAAUUAGGAAAGCUAAUAAAUUCCAGAAAUUGCACAACUGAAGAAGCAAAAAGACAUAUUAUUUGGAAAAUUGUUCAGAGCAAUGAGCUUAAUAAAUAAGAAGAAUAAGGAAAUUGAAUCGUUAAGUGAUAGAUUGAAUAAAUAAAAAGCUAUUAUUGAAGAAUUAACAUCCUCAAAUUCAGAAAAUUUGGCAAUUGAGAUCGAACCAUAAUAAAUUGAACUUCAGAGUGCUCCUAACAAUUUAAUUGAAGAUAAUGGUAACUUAGAACUGAUCAAUACUGAACAAAUCAACAAAUUGAAAACUACUAAUGAUAAAUCUUUGAGUAAAUUAUUCAGAGCUAUGUUUUUGAUUUCUAAAAAAAAUAACUAAAUAGAUGAAUUGAACUCGAGAUUACUAAAAUAAAAAGCUAUAAUUGAAGAAUUAUCUCAAAACGAUAAUGCUUAAUAAUAAAGAGAUAAGAUUCAUAAGCUUUGGGGCAAACUCUUUAGAGUAAUAAGUGAUUUGAAUGUGAAGUAGAAACAGAAUGAAGAGUUGUAAGAGCGAUUAUAAAAAAGCAAAGCAAUUGUAGAGAGUUUACUCAAUAAAGUUCCUGAAAAGGAAGAAGUAAUAGUUUCUGAAAUGAAAUAAUCUGAUCAAAAUGAGAUCACUGGGCAAACGGAUAUAAUUUAACGCUUAGAGGCUGAUUAAUAGCAAUUAAAAAAUAGAAAUGUUAAAUUGACUUCCAAGAUGUUUAGGAUAAUGAUCAAGUUAAGUCAAAAAGAUAAAGUGAUUGAAUCCUUAUCAGAACGCCUUCAUAAGCAAAAAGCAAUAAAUGAUGAAUUAUAGAAUUAAAUAGUUAAUACUAUCUAAGCAUAACCUGAAAGUGAAUCAAAAGAGAUAGUUGUAUAAGAGCAAGUGAUAAAUCCAGAAAACUUUAAUAAGAUUAAACAUUCAAUUAACAAAUCUUAUGCCAAAAUAUUCAGUUUGUUGUUCAAAUUAAAUUAAAAGGAUAAGAUUAUUGAUGAAUUAAAUCAAAGAAUAGUAAAAUUGAAAUCGAUAAUUUCUGAAUAUGCACUCAAUGAUGACUCAUUAAAAAAAUUGAAAGACAAAAAUCAUAAGUUGCUAGCUUAAUAAUUUAAAGUUGUGAUUAAAUUAGCCAAAUAAUAGCAAGAAAUUGAGGAACUCAAGAACAGAUUGAUUAAAUCAAAGUAAUUGGUUGUUGAAUAAUAACAUAUAGUUGAAAAUUUGUAAUAGCAACUUCAAAAUAAUGUGAUCCUGAACCAAGAACAAGAUGCUCCAAAAGAGUCUACUUUGGAAUAAUAAGGAAUUGAUCUUUCAAGUAAAGAUGAAGAAAUUUAAAGAUUAAUUAGACAAAAGAACAAAUAAAUGGGAAAGCUUUUCAAAGUAAUGAUUUAGUUUGAGAGAAAGAAUAAAGAAAUCGAAUAGUUAUCACAGAGGUUGUUGAAAUAGAAAGCAAUAAAUGAUGAAUUAUUAUUGCAAAAUUCAAGUGACGAAACAGAAGUAAGUUCCUAAUCCUAACAGAAAAAUGAGCCUGAACAAGAAAUUGUUCAAAAUAAUUAAGAAAUGAAAGAGUUAUAAGAGGAAAAUGACCAUCUCAAAUAAGAUUUGAAAAAAUAAACGAAUUAGAAUAAUAGAUGGUUAGCCAAAUUAUUUAGAGCUUUAAAUUGUAUAAAGAGUAAAAAUAGUUUGGUUGAAUCACUUAAUCAAAAGUUAGCAAAACAAAAAGCCAUAAAUGAGGAAUUGAGAGAGCAAAUCAAGAAGAAUGAAGAACAAGUAGUAAAUGUUGAAGUGAAAGAAAAUUCUGAACAAUAAGUAGAAUCAGCACCAGCAUCACAAGACGAUGGAGAAGGGUAAAAAAAGCUCAGAGGUCAGAAUAACAAAUUGCUGGGCAAAUUAUUCAGAGUGAUGAGUUAAUUCAACAAAAAGAAUAAGGAAAUUGAGGAGUUGAAGGAAAGAUUACAUAAAUAGAAGGCAAUUUUAGAUGAAUUAAGUAAUUCAAACAAUGCUCCAGUUUUAGAAGAAAAAGGAGAGGACGUUGGAUAAGCAGAAGAAAUAGAAAUAAAUUAGGAAAGCUAAUAAAUUCCAGAAAUUGCACAACUGAAGAAGCAAAAAGACAUAUUAUUUGGAAAAUUGUUCAGAGCAAUGAGCUUAAUAAAUAAGAAGAAUAAGGAAAUUGAAUCGUUAAGUGAUAGAUUGAAUAAAUAAAAAGCUAUUAUUGAAGAAUUAACAUCCUCAAAUUCAGAAAAUUUGGCAAUUGAGAUCGAACCAUAAUAAAUUGAACUUCAGAGUGCUCCUAACAAUUUAAUUGAAGAUAAUGGUAACUUAGAACUGAUCAAUACUGAACAAAUCAACAAAUUGAAAACUACUAAUGAUAAAUCUUUGAGUAAAUUAUUCAGAGCUAUGUUUUUGAUUUCUAAAAAAAAUAACUAAAUAGAUGAAUUGAACUCGAGAUUACUAAAAUAAAAAGCUAUAAUUGAAGAAUUAUCUCAAAACGAUAAUGCUUAAUAAUAAAGAGAUAAGAUUCAUAAGCUUUGGGGCAAACUCUUUAGAGUAAUAAGUGAUUUGAAUGUGAAGUAGAAACAGAAUGAAGAGUUGUAAGAGCGAUUAUAAAAAAGCAAAGCAAUUGUAGAGAGUUUACUCAAUAAAGUUCCUGAAAAGGAAGAAGUAAUAGUUUCUGAAAUGAAAUAAUCUGAUCAAAAUGAGAUCACUGGGCAAACGGAUAUAAUUUAACGCUUAGAGGCUGAUUAAUAGCAAUUAAAAAAUAGAAAUGUUAAAUUGACUUCCAAGAUGUUUAGGAUAAUGAUCAAGUUAAGUCAAAAAGAUAAAGUGAUUGAAUCCUUAUCAGAACGCCUUCAUAAGCAAAAAGCAAUAAAUGAUGAAUUAUAGAAUUAAAUAGUUAAUACUAUCUAAGCAUAACCUGAAAGUGAAUCAAAAGAGAUAGUUGUAUAAGAGCAAGUGAUAAAUCCAGAAAACUUUAAUAAGAUUAAACAUUCAAUUAACAAAUCUUAUGCCAAAAUAUUCAGUUUGUUGUUCAAAUUAAAUUAAAAGGAUAAGAUUAUUGAUGAAUUAAAUCAAAGAAUAGUAAAAUUGAAAUCGAUAAUUUCUGAAUAUGCACUCAAUGAUGACUCAUUAAAAAAAUUGAAAGACAAAAAUCAUAAGUUGCUAGCUUAAUAAUUUAAAGUUGUGAUUAAAUUAGCCAAAUAAUAGCAAGAAAUUGAGGAACUCAAGAACAGAUUGAUUAAAUCAAAGUAAUUGGUUGUUGAAUAAUAACAUAUAGUUGAAAAUUUGUAAUAGCAACUUCAAAAUAAUGUGAUCCUGAACCAAGAACAAGAUGCUCCAAAAGAGUCUACUUUGGAAUAAUAAGGAAUUGAUCUUUCAAGUAAAGAUGAAGAAAUUUAAAGAUUAAUUAGACAAAAGAACAAAUAAAUGGGAAAGCUUUUCAAAGUAAUGAUUUAGUUUGAGAGAAAGAAUAAAGAAAUCGAAUAGUUAUCACAGAGGUUGUUGAAAUAGAAAGCAAUAAAUGAUGAAUUAUUAUUGCAAAAUUCAAGUGACGAAACAGAAGUAAGUUCCUAAUCCUAACAGAAAAAUGAGCCUGAACAAGAAAUUGUUCAAAAUAAUUAAGAAAUGAAAGAGUUAUAAGAGGAAAAUGACCAUCUCAAAUAAGAUUUGAAAAAAUAAACGAAUUAGAAUAAUAGAUGGUUAGCCAAAUUAUUUAGAGCUUUAAAUUGUAUAAAGAGUAAAAAUAGUUUGGUUGAAUCACUUAAUCAAAAGUUAGCAAAACAAAAAGCCAUAAAUGAGGAAUUGAGAGAGCAAAUCAAGAAGAAUGAAGAACAAGUAGUAAAUGUUGAAGUGAAAGAAAAUUCUGAACAAUAAGUAGAAUCAGCACCAGCAUCACAAGACGAUGGAGAAGGGUAAAAAAAGCUCAGAGGUCAGAAUAACAAAUUGCUGGGCAAAUUAUUCAGAGUGAUGAGUUAAUUCAACAAAAAGAAUAAGGAAAUUGAGGAGUUGAAGGAAAGAUUACAUAAAUAGAAGGCAAUUUUAGAUGAAUUAAGUAAUUCAAACAAUGCUCCAGUUUUAGAAGAAAAAGGAGAGGACGUUGGAUAAGCAGAAGAAAUAGAAAUAAAUUAGGAAAGCUAAUAAAUUCCAGAAAUUGCACAACUGAAGAAGCAAAAAGACAUAUUAUUUGGAAAAUUGUUCAGAGCAAUGAGCUUAAUAAAUAAGAAGAAUAAGGAAAUUGAAUCGUUAAGUGAUAGAUUGAAUAAAUAAAAAGCUAUUAUUGAAGAAUUAACAUCCUCAAAUUCAGAAAAUUUGGCAAUUGAGAUCGAACCAUAAUAAAUUGAACUUCAGAGUGCUCCUAACAAUUUAAUUGAAGAUAAUGGUAACUUAGAACUGAUCAAUACUGAACAAAUCAACAAAUUGAAAACUACUAAUGAUAAAUCUUUGAGUAAAUUAUUCAGAGCUAUGUUUUUGAUUUCUAAAAAAAAUAACUAAAUAGAUGAAUUGAACUCGAGAUUACUAAAAUAAAAAGCUAUAAUUGAAGAAUUAUCUCAAAACGAUAAUGCUUAAUAAUAAAGAGAUAAGAUUCAUAAGCUUUGGGGCAAACUCUUUAGAGUAAUAAGUGAUUUGAAUGUGAAGUAGAAACAGAAUGAAGAGUUGUAAGAGCGAUUAUAAAAAAGCAAAGCAAUUGUAGAGAGUUUACUCAAUAAAGUUCCUGAAAAGGAAGAAGUAAUAGUUUCUGAAAUGAAAUAAUCUGAUCAAAAUGAGAUCACUGGGCAAACGGAUAUAAUUUAACGCUUAGAGGCUGAUUAAUAGCAAUUAAAAAAUAGAAAUGUUAAAUUGACUUCCAAGAUGUUUAGGAUAAUGAUCAAGUUAAGUCAAAAAGAUAAAGUGAUUGAAUCCUUAUCAGAACGCCUUCAUAAGCAAAAAGCAAUAAAUGAUGAAUUAUAGAAUUAAAUAGUUAAUACUAUCUAAGCAUAACCUGAAAGUGAAUCAAAAGAGAUAGUUGUAUAAGAGCAAGUGAUAAAUCCAGAAAACUUUAAUAAGAUUAAACAUUCAAUUAACAAAUCUUAUGCCAAAAUAUUCAGUUUGUUGUUCAAAUUAAAUUAAAAGGAUAAGAUUAUUGAUGAAUUAAAUCAAAGAAUAGUAAAAUUGAAAUCGAUAAUUUCUGAAUAUGCACUCAAUGAUGACUCAUUAAAAAAAUUGAAAGACAAAAAUCAUAAGUUGCUAGCUUAAUAAUUUAAAGUUGUGAUUAAAUUAGCCAAAUAAUAGCAAGAAAUUGAGGAACUCAAGAACAGAUUGAUUAAAUCAAAGUAAUUGGUUGUUGAAUAAUAACAUAUAGUUGAAAAUUUGUAAUAGCAACUUCAAAAUAAUGUGAUCCUGAACCAAGAACAAGAUGCUCCAAAAGAGUCUACUUUGGAAUAAUAAGGAAUUGAUCUUUCAAGUAAAGAUGAAGAAAUUUAAAGAUUAAUUAGACAAAAGAACAAAUAAAUGGGAAAGCUUUUCAAAGUAAUGAUUUAGUUUGAGAGAAAGAAUAAAGAAAUCGAAUAGUUAUCACAGAGGUUGUUGAAAUAGAAAGCAAUAAAUGAUGAAUUAUUAUUGCAAAAUUCAAGUGACGAAACAGAAGUAAGUUCCUAAUCCUAACAGAAAAAUGAGCCUGAACAAGAAAUUGUUCAAAAUAAUUAAGAAAUGAAAGAGUUAUAAGAGGAAAAUGACCAUCUCAAAUAAGAUUUGAAAAAAUAAACGAAUUAGAAUAAUAGAUGGUUAGCCAAAUUAUUUAGAGCUUUAAAUUGUAUAAAGAGUAAAAAUAGUUUGGUUGAAUCACUUAAUCAAAAGUUAGCAAAACAAAAAGCCAUAAAUGAGGAAUUGAGAGAGCAAAUCAAGAAGAAUGAAGAACAAGUAGUAAAUGUUGAAGUGAAAGAAAAUUCUGAACAAUAAGUAGAAUCAGCACCAGCAUCACAAGACGAUGGAGAAGGGUAAAAAAAGCUCAGAGGUCAGAAUAACAAAUUGCUGGGCAAAUUAUUCAGAGUGAUGAGUUAAUUCAACAAAAAGAAUAAGGAAAUUGAGGAGUUGAAGGAAAGAUUACAUAAAUAGAAGGCAAUUUUAGAUGAAUUAAGUAAUUCAAACAAUGCUCCAGUUUUAGAAGAAAAAGGAGAGGACGUUGGAUAAGCAGAAGAAAUAGAAAUAAAUUAGGAAAGCUAAUAAAUUCCAGAAAUUGCACAACUGAAGAAGCAAAAAGACAUAUUAUUUGGAAAAUUGUUCAGAGCAAUGAGCUUAAUAAAUAAGAAGAAUAAGGAAAUUGAAUCGUUAAGUGAUAGAUUGAAUAAAUAAAAAGCUAUUAUUGAAGAAUUAACAUCCUCAAAUUCAGAAAAUUUGGCAAUUGAGAUCGAACCAUAAUAAAUUGAACAGCCACAUUAUAUUUCCUCUUUCUAAAAAGAGAAUGAUAUCCUAUCUUUUGAAAAUUUGUAAUUAAAAUAAUAAUAUGAAACAUUAUUAACAAAAUAUGAUACAUUAGAACAAAAAUUUAAUGAAAAAAUUGUUUAAUUUUAAACACUUAUUGAAUCAUUAUUGAAGUAGAAUUAAGAUGAUAUUGAAGAAAAUCUAUAAUUGUCUUAACUGACAAAAGCAUCAAAUAAAGUAAUUAAACUAUUACAUCAAAAAUAACAAGAUUAAAGUUUUGAAAAUACAAGCUCGUCUUCCAGUAUCAUUAGUAUUUAAGAUGAAAGUUAAAAUUAAAUAAUAUAUCUCCAACAUUAAGUUACUUAUUUAUAAAGCAUGGUAUAAGAGUAUGGCGAUGGAAUAUGUCAUUUAAAUCGAAGAAUCCAAGAACUAUAUAAUAAAAAUACGAAGUUGGAAUCACUAUUUAAAUAGAAUAAUUGUAAAAGUAUUAUUUUUCUUAAAUUUUAGAAUGCUCUAAUUUAUGA